AGGCGCAUAUCUUGGCCUUUGAUGGCAAGCAAAGAGCUGUUUGGCCAAGGUGAAUAUCAUAGAAUGAGAUUGGUCCAUUAAACAAUCUCAAGCGUGUGAAGAUUGCAGUAAGAAUGUUAGAAGCAAUGUAUACAAUGCUCUUCAGGUAAAAGCGAAAAUGAAUUUGCCUAUGUAAUGGAAUCUAAGAAUUUAUAUUUUUUUUUAAAUCCUAAGAACCAAUGUCGGAAGGAAGGAGUGUAUGGCGUAUGAUCAUAAAUAAUAUUAUAAGAUCUUUUAAAGUGAUACCUAGUGAGGGAAAGUUGAUGGGCGAAGAUAAUGUUGGAAAUAAAUAUUAUGAAGCAUCUCGAAGAAAAGAAUCUUUCAAAAAAUUAGAUACUCGUUGGUUUGAACCUAAAGAUGGUGAAUGGCAGCAGGAUUUACCAGCUGAGUGGGAAGCUUGGCUUCGUGGUAGACGUAAAGAUCCCCCAACAAAGGAAGAAAUUCAAAUGAAUUUAGCUGUAGCAAAUAUGAAAAAAGAAAAUGCAAAGAAAAAUGCAGGAGAUAAGGAAUUGGAUUCAAAACCAAGUGUUUACUCUUCUGAAGGAGGUUUUCCUAGAAGAAAUGAUUAUGAAAGAGAACCUGGAAAACAGGAUCAACCACGUUAGAUUAUUACUACUUUACAGUGGUUUAUGUUUUUUGAAUAAAUAAGUUGUAGAAAGCAAAUGAAAGAAAAAUUAUUUUAUCAGAACUUAUAUUAAACUGAAAACUUAGUACUUUUUCCAAGCUCAUUUCGCAUUUUUAAAUUCCAAACUAAAGGAUAUAGUCUUUUCUUUUAAGAAAAAAGAAAAAUGAAUAUUAUUUAUCUCUUAUAGCUCUUUUCAUUAAAAUUUCUGAUCUGUGUAUUUAUUCAGAAUGAAAAGUUUUUGUUUAUGGAAAUGUUAAUUACCUGAUUUUUCAAAAUGUUAUAUGGCAUUACACAUAAAAGCUAAGUUUCUUUAGAAUGUUUAAUUAAUUAUACAUUGAAAAUAUAUUAAAUGUCUUUUGGUAAAAAUAGUUUAUUUAAUUUAAAAUAUUCAUUACUGUUUUGAAAGUCUUUAAUAAUUUUUAUGCUUGAUUAUUAAGAAUUUUCUUCCUAUUUUUUUUUUAUUAUCAUGUUUGAAGAAUUUUUUAUAAUUUUUUUUUACAAAAGCUUUUUUUAAAUGGUUAAAUAUUUUUUAAAUUAUUUAAGACAAAUACAAUUAUUUUUAAAGAAAACUAAAAAAUGACAAAUUAAAAAAAAACAUAAUAUAUAAAGUUGUACAAGAACAACAUUUUCAUAAACUAGACAAAAAUUACAUUUAAACAAAGAUUGCUUUAAUUUUUGAAUAUAAAAAUUUGUCAGUUUUUCAUCUGAAUUAGAAUUUCUUAAUAUUGUCUAAACAUAAGCAAAAAUGCUUCACCAUAUGUGCAUUUUUCAUUGCUUUCAUUUAAAAAUAAUGGUUGUUUACAUCGAAGCUUUCAUAUUUGGCAUGAUUUGUGAAAAAUAGAAAAAUAAAGUUAUUUUCAAACA